UUCAGUCCCAUAUCGACGCAGCCCAUACAGCAAAGUCAGGCUUAAGGAGGCUAGCUCCUGUAAGUCACAUGCUUUUAGAGUUGAAUUUUGUGGCACCAUAGCGUAUCACGUAAGAUAGUGUGUGCUGUUAUUUUAAGCCCAACCGUAAAAUUCUCCGAAUGAAAUAUUAAAGUGGAACAGCAGCAGUUGGUCACGCUAGCUACUGUAGCACGCGCAGUGUAACCACGGAAACAAACAUAAAGAACACAAACUGCAAAUGGUUCGGCUGGCGUUACAUCCAUAGACUGAAAACGGUUAAAUCCCAUACCUCUCACACUGAUUGUUUGUAACAAUGGCUGCUGAUCACGCAAUGACAAAAACACGAUCCAAUUCAUCCGAGUCUCCGGCUGAAAUAGGAAGCACCAACGGGGACAUGAAUGCAUCUCCUCCCCGUGACUCAUAUGUGUUGAGUCCCUCACAAACAGGAUAUGCUAAGAAGGAAUUUAUUAUGAUGCCACCUGAAGAAAAGCUUAAACACUUUGACAGCAGAGCUCAGGCCCAUGAAGACAACCAAGAGUUUGAUGCUUGUAUCCAGGACCUGGUGCGUUGUGUGGCUCUGACUCGGCUGGUAUAUGGGGAGGGACAUCUGAAACUAGCCCAGGCCCAUGUCAGACUGGCUAAAGCGUAUUUCCACUUCAAAGGCUGGGGACUGCAGGCUCAGGAGCACUCGGCCCUAGCCAGAGAGCUGCUGCCUUUCUGCUCCUCCUGCAGGGGUGAAAAGCUUGAGUUUCUCACGUGUCUCCUGAGUGUACACCUAACACAGGGAGGUGCCUCACUGCUUACAGCCAAUCUUGAGGAGGCAGAAUCCUCUUUUCUGGAGGCAGAACAAGCUCUUGAGGUGCUUCAUCAACACAGUGGCAUCAAUCAGGAAGAGAAGAUAAAGACUGAGCUGGAAAUCUCCACUGCUCUAUCCAGGGUCUAUAAGAGACAGAAGAGACACGAGGAUGCCUUAAGCCAGUGUGAGAAGUCUCUGCAACUGCUCAAGGACUGUGGUCAGCCAGAGAAGAUGUGCUCUGUCUACAGGGACAUGGCCGCCAUUGAACAGGAUAAAGGUCAUUUGGACCGAGCCAUAGAGCAUCUCUCCAAGGCUCAUGCCAUUGCUAUGAGUCAAAGCCCAGAGGAGCUAGAGGGGGCUAAGAUCUCCCACAGCCUGGCCCUCAUCCUUUCUGCUGCAGCAGAGCCCCAUCACAAUGACUCUGCAGGUCAAUACUAUGAGCAGAGUCUAAGUGCAUACAAAAACUCUGCGGGUCCACAGGAUCCAGCCUUUCUCGCUGCCCAGGAUGAUUUCUGUCGUUUCCUCCUCCUCAAUGGCCAGCAAGAGAGAUGUGUGGAGAUCCAGAGAGCUUCUCUCGCUACAAAGAGAUCUACAUUCGGUGACCCGAGUGGUGAGUUAGCAGACACACUUCAGCUGAUAGGAAGUGUGGAGAUGACUGAGGGCAAGAUGAAGCAGGCCCACAGGACCAUGACAAAGUGCCUGGAGAUCCAGAGUUUGUUGUACGGUCCUCAGCACAAGAAGACAAAAGCUACACAAAAAACUGUGGACAUGCUGGCCCGUGCACCAGAGGUGGCUGAAAGACAACAGAGGCAAGGUAGAAGGAAAACAAAACCUCACACAUUUUCAGUUGUACCAUCCAGUGGCAAUGAUGGAAACUCUAUGUCGGACUCUUGAAAUGUUCUUUUUUUGUCACUACAAUAACCUUGCAGGUUUGCACCUACUAAGAACUACUGACAUACUGUUUUGAAAUGUGUCUGUCUGUCAGAUAAUACAGGUGGCUGCCACUUCUGAAAAUUAGCUUCAGUUACACUAGUCCUGUCCACUGGCAAUACAUGAUUUUGUAUCAUUUUGUGCAUUAGGUGAAAUAAGUUAGCUUUGAAGAAAAACUCACACUCAGAAAACAUACCCACAAUAGGUUUUAAUUGGGUUAAGAUAUGAAUCAAUUCCCAAACAGGAGCUGGAACCUUUUUAACCAAAGCAAUAAUGCCAUUUGUUCAGUAGAAAUCAUUAUGUCAAUAAAAGCAAUGAUGUUGGGUUGUCCAUGGUGACAAACACUUAUUGAACAUUUGACUCAAUAAACAAUCUUUAUACAUCAA